AUGAAGGAGCUUAUGACCCAGCUUCAGGAUCUACUUGAUAAAGGGUUUAUUCGUCCGAGUUCCUCACCUUGGGGAGCUCCUAUCAUAUUUGUGAAAAAGAAAGAUGGGUCCAUGAGGAUGUGUAUUGAUUAUCGUGAGCAUUUAAAGGCUGUGUUGAAUCUGCUGAAGGAAAACAAGCUUUAUGCCAAGUUCUCUAAAUGUGAAUUUUGGCUUUGUGAAGUGCAUUUUCUGGGUCAUGUGAUGAGUGAGAAAGGUGUGACUGUUGAUCCUUCGAAAGUUGAAGCUGUUAUAAAAUGGCCACAACCGAAAUCUACUUCUGACAUUAAGAGUUUUUUGGGUUUGGCUGGUUAUUAUCGUCAGUUUAUUCAAGAUUUUUCUCGAAUUGCCAAGCCUAUGAUAGAAUUAACAAAGAAAGGGGUAAAGUUUGUGUGGGCUAAAGCUCAAGAAAAGGCAUUUCAGACAUUGAGGUCCAAGUUAUGUGAAGCUCCUAUAUUGUCAUUACCUGAUGGGACUGAUGGCUUUGUGGUUUAUAGUGAUGCUUCUAUCACGGGCCUAGGGUGUGUUCUAAUGCAAAAGGAUAGAGUGAUCGCAUAUGCUUCGAGGCAACUUUCUAUGCAAGUUGAUGCUUCUAUCAUAUGCCUUGUAAGCUACUUUCUAUGCAAGUUGAUAUGA